AUGGCCGCGAAGCCCAAACGUAAAUGCCGCCUCAUCAUCCAUCCCCCCAAAACACCAUCGCCAAAGAAGCCCAAGCGUGGAUGCCGCCUCACCAUUCACCCACCCACGCAAAACCAUGCCAAAACCCAAUACCUCCCAACACCCCAAUCACUCCUACAGCCGCCGCCAAACACCAGCGCAGCGCAGAAGAAGAAACCCUUCUUCAAACAUUUCAGAACGCGAGCGCAACUACGCACACCCGCCAAUAAAACCUACUAUUUCCCCACCGCGCAGAAAGCCAGAAAUAACAUACGCAAUUCCCACUUUCUGGAGUCAGUGAAACUAGGUGUUACGCCGCUCAUCCACAAAUGUGAAGACAUGGGCGAUCUGGGACUCAGUGGCGUGGAGUUGGAUGAUGAAGAGAGAGGGGCGAGGGGCGAGCUGGAGUUUGGGACUGGCUUGAAGGCAGAGAUGGAAGAGGAUGAUGUGAAGAGGGGGAAGAUGGCUUGGUUGAAGGAGAAGUUGUGGGGGAAGGGGACUUGGGCUGUUUGUAGUGGGAGGGAAGAGGAAGAGGAGAUGGAGCGUGAGCUUAUGUGCUUGGCGAGAGCGGCGGUGCCGCUGAUGGGUGCCGGGCAUGAGGAUGAGAUGGAGAUUAACGGUGGACCUUCGAUGAAGACAGAGAUCCCAAAUAUGGGUGACCAUAUGGGUGACUUCUCGGAGGAUGAUGUUCGAUGGUUAACAGGCUUGGGGGUAUGA